AUGCGCUUUCUCGACCCUCCAUUCAGCGUGGUAGCAGUCCUGUAAGUGCUAGGUCUGAACUGGCCGAUCAUCAAUGUUCACGCGCGCUGACCGUCUGAUCACAACUCUUCCUGAUUCUGACAGAGCUGUUGCAACGUCUGUCUUGGCACAGCCCGGCAGACAUGCUUCAAGAUCUGUCACCGACGAAACUCAGGUGUGCACUUGAUCCUGCUUACGAAACCCUUUUCAUCUGGACUUCGAGCGCUGAGUGCGUCUGCUCCUGCUCCUCAUCAGGUCACAUCAUCCACUCUACUCGGCCGCGAAGCUGACAGCUCUGUUGAGAUGUUGAGCCGCCGAGCCUACAAGAUCGCCCUGCCGAUCGGGAAAGGCAGUCUGAAAAAUUUGUGGACCGUGACUAAAGCGCACGGUCCGAAAGCAGGUUUGAUGUCAGUACACAAUGUCCUACUGAAGUCCCACGCUGCCAGACCGUCACGCUAACAUGCGCCAUUCUUCUGAUUUUGCUGUCUGAGCGCAGGUACGCUCUGAGUUCCAAAGUGCGUCUAGCUUACAAGGCUGAGCAUGUGACGUGGAAGAAUCGGCAGAUCAUCAUGCGAAGCAAGUGGCGAAACCACGGUGCUAAUGUCCCACCCGCGAACCAACAGAAAGGCGGCAAGGUCGUUGGCAAGAUUCGAAAGGUGCUCAAAAUCAAAUCACGCCAACGACGCUCCUUGCUCGCUCGACAAGCUUCUGCACCGCUAAGGCGUCGAUCGCCAUUGGGAGGCGUCAUCACUGGUCUCAAGACGGCAGGCAGGUAUGUCAAGGACACUGCCAAGGUCACUUACAAACACGGCAUCGGCGCAGGAACUACGUGAGCGAAAUAGGUCUGGCAUGCCUACCGUCUCACAGCGAUGUGCUGACCUUGAAAUCGGUACAGCUUUGCCAAGAGCGCCUCUGCCCGUCAAAACUACAGAAAGGCUGGCUUCCAGGUCAUGAUGGAUGUGAAGAAAGGCAAGACGAUCGUAUACAACACCAAGGGCGUCAGACUCACCGCCGAGGGAGGUUCCGGUUUCAAGAGCGUGAACCAGCUUGACGGCUAUUUGGCAGAUGUAAAAAAGAUGUACAAGCAAGGCGGCAUUCACCGCCGUUCUCCACUCGGCGGAAAGAUCAGGCUUGUCGAUUCCGUGGCGGGCAUUAUGCAGAAGCGAGCACCUAUCGAGGUAAGUAGCUGUGUGUGGGCACGGGCAUUGAUCGCGCAUGACAAAGUGCUCAGAUGACUGCCCUUCUGCUUUGCUUUGCUUUGCUUAGUCUCGCGCAGUCAUUACGACCACUGAAAACUCUGCCGAGGUACGUGACUGAUUGGCAUGGGCGACUGUGCUGGGGAUAGACUUGGGGUGUUGAAACGGGAUGAAUCCGACUGCCUUUGAUGUUUCUCGGACGGUCUCGGCGCUCUGGCCAGCACGUCCUUCAGAAGCGUUGCGGCGCAUUGAAAGCUUGCUGGGAGGAAGUCGGCAAGAUUUUUAAAGGACGAGAGUCGGAACUUCAGCAAGAGCCCUCUAGAGCAUCGCAAGGCCUCUUACGCGACGUAGGCGCACCUCGAGUUCAAAAAAUGUCGGCAGACCAGCACAGCCCCUCGUACAACGCUUUCACCGACAAGUCACCUCAACGCACAAAGGGCCGCAUUGCUUGGCAGGGCGAGCGUCUGACCAAAGACAACAUCCCCAGACAAAUCAAGAUCCGAAUCCCUAGGCCGGUCGCGCAGGCUUGGCUCGGCGAGCCCUAG